GCUUUUUCAGACUCUGAUCACGUGACAUUGUAUAUGUAUGUAAAAACUUCCGCGUUUAACACUUCAUAUUAAAUGUUAUACUUAGUCGUUUUGUAUAAAUAAAUAUGGUUUGGGAAAUAUCAAAUGCUACUGAAGCGAUUGCCAUAUGCUGCUUUGACGGUGAAGCAUACGAGAAUGGGUUAAAUCUGCUAUUGGGGGAUAAGAUCAAAGUAACGAGGAGAAAUUCUGGCUGGUGUCUGGGAUAUGUUGAAGGCAGAGAAAAUAAGAAGGGUAUUUUCCCCGAAAAUAUGAUAGCUUAUAUUAGAGAAACAAAGAGAUCUUCACAAGCAUUACUCGAAAUAGAUAAUGGUCUCAGGGAGCGUGAGAUAUUCCUUAAUGAAAUAGAAGAGUUUUUUCAAGAAUGUCGAUCAGUAAUAGUUCCAUUCUAUGCUAACGAAGUACAAAUGGAUAAAUUUGUUGGAAGACCAACUUCCGCCGUAUUCUCAUUAAUGAACGAAACUUAUAAUCAUAGAUUAGAGAUAAAGAGUCAACCAGCGAUGACACCUGCUUUAAUAGAGGAAAAUAGAGCCAAAAUUACGAGAAAUAUGGAUAAAGUUAUCGAAUUACUCGGUCUUGAUAAAAUACCUAGAACUAAAACUGGCAGAGAAAUUGACCCAAUUACAAUUUCACCGAUAGAACAUUAUAUGAUCUUUGAGCCUAUGGAUAGGGUUAAUAUGCCAACAAACAACCAUCACGGAUUACAUAACAAACACGAAUUAAGCAAUAUGUUCGAUUUAAAAGUCGUUAUUAAAGACAUAAAAUUCGAUGAAUCAAUUAAGUUAAACUGCUGCCUUGAAAUUCUAUUGUCUCUCUACGAUUCGAGUAAUUAUAGCUCUAGAGGAGAAUCCUCACUACCUCGACUAUCGGAAGAUUUUAUAACAGAAAAAUUCAAAUUGAUUUAUCCUUCAGAUAAAGAAGUUAAAGAUAUUGAAUUUUGUUUUAAAGAUCUGAGUUCGCAAGAAAAAUAUAUGGAUAGAGUUCAAAAUGUAAGACCAUUGUGGUUGGUUGUCCAAAUACUUAAAAGAGACAGUCUGGAAGCUUCCAAGCCGGUAAGGGAUACUAGAAGCGAGAUACGACAACCGUACGGUUUUGGGAUAAAGAAUCUUGGUUUUGUAAAAGAUCUUCAAGAAAGAACAACCCAUUCGGAAAAAGUAAUAUUUGAGAUAUUGGCAAAGCAAGAAUAUCAUAAUUUUUCCACUUUACAAAAGCAUUUUAUCUCUAGGAAUGAUAAUAAUCCAUCAGUUCAGAAAUGUGAAAUUCGUAUUGAAUUUUCCAAAUUGAAUAAGAAUCCGGACGUUAAUAGAUAUAUUCGUGAUAACGACCCUAAAACAGACGUUCAAAAAUUAUCUUUUCCGGAAAAAAUUGUACCAGAACAAUUAAGAAACGAUUUAUACAUCCGCUUGGAAGAGGGUAAAUUUUAUAAAGGUGAAAAGAAAUCACAAAGGAAUGUCGAAGUAGUCGCAUCAGUCAGAGGUAAAAGUGGAAAAAUAUUUAAGGAAUGUAUUAGCUUGGGAGCCGGUGAGGAAGUUAACAUGACAUACUAUCGAUCUAUCGUCUAUUAUCAUUCGAAUAAUCCUAAAUGGAAUGAAAUUUUUCGGGCAACAUUCGACGUUAACGAAUUGAAAUAUUUUAAUCAAGAAGACGAAGUUCACGUAUUAUUUCAAUUCUUUCAUAUAUCUACCGAUAAUAGAAAGGAAAAAGAAUUCUUUGGCUACUCCUAUCUACCUUUAACACGUUCGGGAAUCAUUCGACAAGAUACCCAGGAGACGUUAAAAGUAUUUGGGACGUCUGGCAGAUCUAAGGAUAAUACAGAUCAAAUUGAGAAUUUCAAAUACUUCAACCCCAAGUCUGAUGAUUGGCUAUUCCAAAAUUCUACACCAAAAACCUCCAAUUCUAGCUUUACAGUCAGUUUUAAAUGGGUUUCGACUAAAUGGACUCAAAGCAGCGAAGUUGUUCAUUUUUUAACAUGGGAAAAUAAUACAAGUAAUCUAAAGAGAAUAAUCAAAGAACUUAUAGAUAAGAACCUUGAACAAGAGAUCAUUUAUCACUUGACUGAUAUUUUGAAUGGUUUAUUUAAAAAUUUAAUACCGGAAUCGUUCAAUUUUUUGGUUUAUAUUUUAAAAUUAAUUAAUCAUGAAAAAUGGACUCAUUUCUCCGAUAUUCUACAAGCAUAUAUAGACAAUAACUUUUCGAAUAUGAUUGCUUACGAGCAAAUAUUUGGGACAGUCAUAAAUCUUUUAGAACAAAAAGUAGCAAAAUCUAUCGAAAGUAUAAGCGGUGUAUUUUCGUGGUUAAUGAAAAUAGCAGUAAGGUCUUAUACCUUAUUCGCCAGCUAUAACGAACCAUCACCAGAAUCAUUUAUAGAAUUGUUAAAGAAAUUAUUCUCCCGUAUACCAGAAUUUUUUGAUAGUAUAAAUAAAAGUGUUGAAUACGAGAGGACUGUCGGUAUCGAAUUUAUGAAAACGAUAACGAAAUGUUGGAGCAUAUUUAUGAAGUCUGUUACAGUUGAAGAAUAUAAAGAGGACUUUGCAACGGAACUAGCACAAAUAUAUUCGUCAUUAUUCGAAAUGGUCCCAAAAUCAGCAUCAAAAAUGGAAGUACAUAAAGAAUGGGAUCCUGCGAAAGCAGACUGCAUUUGUAUUUUAAUUAGUGAAAAGGAAUUUGAUUUAUAUCAUAAAGUUCGAGAAGUUUUCAUUACGUUAGCUAAUUCCUACGUCAAUACUGCAUACUACAAUUGCAGUAGCAAGACAUUCAGAUAUCAUACUAUAUAUAUGCUUGGCAAAUUCUUGAAAAAUCUCUUUAAUUUGAAAAUGCAGCAUGUAUGCUUGCAACAAGAAGUCUACUUGCUAAUAACUCAAGUUUUAAGUACUUUAAUCGCUUUCACAUCAACAACAUCUGAGAAUAGAAGAAAUUCAAAUUAUAGAGAAGUUAAUUCAAUAUCGAGAUAUAGCAAAGCAACAAUAUCAAAUUUCGAUUCAGUGGAUUCUAAAAAGUCAGAAGGACCAGCACCGGAAACAGUAUAUUCCUGCAUGGCAACUAUCUUUCUUUUAAUGGACAAUAAUCAUUACGAAACGUUUUCAUCUUCCUCACCUCUAUUUAUUUUAUUAACUAAAAUCGAAGCUCUCUUUGAUAAAUGGUUCGAUAUAAAAAAUACUUGGGCAUCUUUAAAACGUUCAUUAUGCCAUGCGUAUUUAACUGCCCUUACAAAUUUAUUUGAAGUUAUAGCCAUGACCGACUCUACACAGUUAUUUAGCUCUUUCAAAAUUAUACUGGAUGAAUUGAUACAAUCUAAUCCGUCCAUAAAGAGUGACUGCUGGAACAGAUUGCCACAAACGCUAAGGGAACGUUAUAAAGAUGAUUGGGAGAAAGAAGAAGAGAAAUUUGUUCAUUCAAUCGUCAAAGUUUUACAAUACCUCGUUGAUUUACGCGAAGCAAAGCCGGAUAAAGAUGAUGGAUUUAGUCUACGCUACUUGACCUGUUCAUACAACGCCGUUAAUGAAUUCAAUUUUAACGAAGAUGCUUAUCCCAGAAUAAUGAGUGAUAUAUACGAUUUGCACAAGUGCAGUAAAAAUUUCGUUGAAGCUGGGUAUACUAAAUUAGAAUACGCUAAGCAUCUAAGUUUUGAUAGUCAUCAAGAGAGAAAGGUCAAAGUUUUCAAUAUGAGCGAAGAUAUGACUGAAAGUGUUAGAAAAGAGAAACUGUAUUCGGAUAUAAUAAGCGAUCUAAAUGAAGGAUGCGAUUGGGAAGAAGCCAUUAAACUCUGCAAAGAAUUGGUUAUCUAUUACGAGAGCACUUUUAGGUACAAAGAACUUUCCGCUAUAUUAAAGAGACAAUCAGAAUUUUAUCAAAAGAUAUACCAGCAAAGGGGAAUGAGUGUUUGGGGUGCGAGCUACUACGUUGUAGCUCUCUACGGCAAACCUGUACCAUCUUACCUCAAAGGAAAAUUUUUUAUACAUAAAUUUGAUCUGUUUAAAAGUAAGGAAGAGCUUGUCGAUUAUAUAGGUAGUAAUUUCUAUAGUCAUCGUGGCAUGAACAUAAAUGAUCCUUUCGACGAGGACGAUUUAAAUGGCCGCGACGAGGCAAUUAUUCGCCAUGGAAGUGUGACACCGAUACAAGAGAAGGACGAACUGUUAUUCGGUCAAAAUGUUCCACCUUUCAUUCAAGAAUAUUAUAGAUAUAAUAAAAUUCGAACGUUCGCCUACGAUCUACCGUUCGAAAAAGGUCAAAAAAUACCAAAUAAUGAACACUUAAACUGUUAUUACGAUAGGACAUAUUAUGUAACAUGUUGCGAAUUUCCGGGUAUAAUGACAUGGUUCCCAGUUGUUGAUCAAUGGAAAGAAGAAUUAAGCCCUUCCAAAGUAGCUGUCUUCAACUUGAGGAAGCAAUUCUUAAAGCUUAGAUCCGAUUUAUUAAAAGCAAGAUGUCAGACAGAUAUCUCAAUUCAUAAAUCGAGCCUUUAUAUGACAUUAAAUGGCACUCUUAUGGCAAACGUUAAUGGUGGACCCUUAAGAUACCUUAGCCUAUUAAAGCAAGACGACGACGAUUCAUUAAACGUAUCUUUCUUUUCCCUAUUCGGAGUGAUGAGAGAAGCUCUCGACGAACUAUUUCAUAGACUAAAAGUCGAAGAGAAUGAAUUUAGAGAACGGCAACAUAUUCAAUUCAGCACAGAAUAUAAUAGCAUGAUGAAAAUGCUUGAAGAUAAGCUGCACGAAUUAGGCAAAAAGAGACCUUCACCAAAUACACCAAUAAAAUCGCUAAAGAACAAAGAAAGUAGAUUUGUUCCUGUUCCAUGUAAAAAAAAUUAUCAACAUUCGGACACCUUCCCACUUCGCCCACAUCCCGUUGACAGCUAUGUUACAAUAAGCCCUAUAGCCGCUUUGCCAGUAAUGAGACAAGAACAAAAGCCCAUUCCUGUGAGAAAUAGUGACGAAGCUCCUCCUACACUACCUCCAAGACCACCUCCCAGAGAGAGUAUGGCACCGCCGAUUCCUCCAAGGGCAUCGUCAAUGGCUCAAAAUCAGUAA